CUGACUGUGGACCCUGGACGAGAAAAAAGAGCAAAGAGAAAACGCAAAACAAAUUAAAAAUGGAUAUGGUGGCGGACUUGGGGGCGAGUAGACUCUAUCGGGCGCCGGGUGAAUCGAGUCACCAGCAGCCUCAGAGAUGGUUCAACACAGCUGACAUCACAGUGGCUCACCAAAGCAACCUGCUCAAGCAACUCAACCAGCAGCGCCGCCAAGAGCUUUUUUGUGACUGCAAUGUGCUGGUGGAGGGCCAGCUCUUCAGGGCCCACCGCAAUGUCUUGUUCGCCAGCAGUGGCUACUUCCGCAUGCUGCUGUCCCAGGGGCCAGAUGGGCUGUCCGACUCUGUCAACGCCACCUUUGAUGUCUUCAGCCCAGAGACUUUCACCGUCAUCCUGGAUUUCAUCUACUCUGGGCAGCUUGACCUCUCCAGUCACAAUGUGAUUGAGGUGAUGUCUGCGGCCAGCUAUUUGCAGAUGAACAAUGUCAUCAACUACUGCAAGAACUUCAUCAAAUCCUCUUUGGACAUCAGUGUGAAAGAUGAAGACAGUGAGCGAUGCCUCAGCUUGUCUGAGACCUGCAGUUUCACCAGUGGAACAGGAGAAGAGAUUUCGGAGCAGCAGCAAGGGCCCCAUUCUGUCAGCCCACCACCAGCGCUCUGGACACGGGACAACUCUAGAUCCCAGUCUAGUUUUAUGGGAAAGGAGUCAGAGCAGGAGGCAAUGGCCACAGCCCCAAAGACUAACCCCAGCAGCCCAGCUGAUGACCUCAAUGCUGAGGCAGACGACCUUCAGGACCCUCAGGAUCCUCUGUACACUUUGCCAGGAUCGGAACGCCGGCGAGGUAAAGGGGGAACGAAGAGGAGAGCACCCAACAGUACCCGCUCAAAUCAGCAUGAAGACUUUGCCAUUCAGGAGGCAAGGGCUCAGAAAGCUGAAAAGGCAGAGGAGCUAUAUGCUACUCUACCUGCUAUAGUUGGAGUUAUUGGGCACUUUAAUAAAGACUCCAACCCUAUAAUGCGCUUCAAAUGCCCUUUCUGCACGCACACAGUGAAGAGGAAGGCAGACCUGAAGCGUCACUUGCGCUGUCACACCGGAGAGAGGCCCUAUCCCUGCCAGGCCUGCAAUAAACGAUUUACCCGUCUGGAGCAUCUGCGUAGCCAUUUUGAAACAAUUCAUCAAGCCAGGAAGUUGGUGUGCAGGAAGUGUAAAUGUCAGGUGACAGAGGAGACUGGUCAUGUGGUGUGUGAGGGCACACGACGCUAUCGCAUGUGCACUGCAUGCAUCCAGGAAGUGGGCUGUGACCAGAUGCCCAUGGACAGUCUAGAAGGGACGAAUGAUGAGCCAGCCCUGUUACUUGGGGUGGAUGGGGAGGAGGAGGGGGACACCAAGGGCAGCUGGAUGGUAACAGAUGAUGAUGACCUGGCUGAAGACUCAGGAGCUGACCUCAUCAUCCAACAAGUGGACGACAGCGAUGAAGAGCUGCAAUGAAAUAGAACCAAAGUGUUUGUGUGCAGGCAGGAGUAAUGGCAGUGUUGUCAAUAUUCUGUCUGAACUGAAGCCAUGCAAGAUAAUUUAUGCAUAAAAUAUGUGAUCCAGUGUUGUAAAUACACACAUUUAUGUCAUAUUAGUUGUCUAUUAGUGAAAUGAAACUGGUUAUUCUUUACUUUCAAAGAGAUUGUUGACCUCUGUGACAUGAUUAAGUGCUUUUUGUUAAGCUUCAUAAAGAUAUGCAGUAUCCAAAGCAUGAUAUUUCAGUAUUUGCUUUACUGAAAGUAUAGUUACAUGAUUACUCUAUCAAAACUAUGUUUUUUUAUGCAUGUCUUUGCUACUUUUUGGCUCUAUUUGCUUGCUAUUAGUUCAUAUUUGAGCAAAGCAAAGUAAAAAGAAAGGUUAUUAUGUUUUUUAUUUACUUUUUCCCAGUGGGAAGUCAGAAACAGACUGUAUAUGAUUUAGUGUAUCAUAGUUGCUGUACUUUUCAUAAUUAUGUUUUACAA